AUGCAGCUUGAAAAUAAUCCACAUUCAGACCUUUUGUCAACUCUCACAAUUGAUUUCGAUUCACCCCUAACUUGUUUUAAUAAUAUUAAGCUUAUGAAACCGGAACAUUUUCCCACUUUUGCAAAGUACGGUUUGCCAAGAUGUGUCAGUGAUUAUGAAAACCAUUUCAGUUUUCAAGAUAUUACCGAAUCGCAAUUUUUGGCAAUUGAUUCACCACGCAAAUAUAUCUGCUAUAUCGGAUUUAAUGUUAAAAAUCAUUUAAAUAAUAAUGCUGAUCUUUUGGAAAUGUUAUUACUUGAUUCAGAUACCAGUAACACUCAUGGAAGAUCGGUAAUUGGGGUCUACUAUGUGACACAGACAUCGCCUCGGUACAGACACAUUUAUUUUGUCAAAAAACUUAUAAUCAAUUGGGUCCGUUUCGACUCAACAUACGCGGAUGAAGUCAUGUCUAAAAAGUUAUACAAUCAGAAUAGCCACUACUGUCACAAUUUUACGUCUGUGUCUGAAAUUUUGUGCCGUGAAAAUAGCCACUCACACCUGUACAAUGACAAAUUCGCUGACUACUUAAAUUGGUUGGAAUUCCAACAUAUUAAGGAACAGUUAUUCACACCAGCAAAUGGUAUCUAUGAUAAUUGCUUUCUGGAUACAAAAAUAAAUAAGAUACCCUUGAUAAAAAAAUACUUGGCAAGAAAAAAAAAGAAAAAAAGAGCAAAAAGCGACAGACAGGGACUGGUGCCCUAUGAAGUUAUAUGUUUGGACUGUCAUAAAAUUGAAAAGUUAAUAAACAGCGCUUCCUUAGAUGACUGUAAGAUAAAUGUGCCAAGUAAAAACGAUGAAAAUGAGCUUCCUGAGAUGUCAAAAGAAGUUUUUCAUGACAAUAAAAGUUUUAGUGAAAAGUUACAUAGCAAGAUGGGUAUCGGAAGAACCACCAUGCCAUUGAUUCCUAUAGCAAAUAAAAAUAGUGGCUCCAGGAAAGAGAGUAACAAUAGCGAUAGUAAAUUAAAAAAACUUUUAACUAUUGGAUCAUGGAAAUCAAAUAAAGAAAACACGUUUGAUGAAGAAGUAAACUCAACGCGAGACAAAGAAUCUUUAGUCGAUAGAUUUAAAAAAAAGGGCACUGCUUCACACGAUUCAUACUCAAUAUUAAAAGCAAAAAAUGAUGGUGGUAUAUUAGCAGAGUCAUCGACAUUAACAGUAAACGGCAAUGAAGAUUUUGCUCAAUCACCAAAAAAACAGCCAGGUAACUGCUUUCAUGGGGAGAAAAAGACUAAUGACGAUGACGCUCAAUGGCCUGUAAUACCAAAUCCCAAAAAAAAACGUUUAUUGUUCAACAAGAGAAGUGAUCUAGAUGUUUACAUGGAAUACGAUAAUAUCAAACAAGGCGAGAAUGGUGAUUACAAGUUCGUGUUUGGUGAUGAUAGAACAAAAGACGAUUUUCAAUUGGAUGUGUCCGGAAUUUUAGGAGGUGCGUAUAAUAACACGGACUACUUGUGA